AUGAGCCUUCGCAACGGCUUCCGGCCCGGCGCCUGGGUCAGAGCCACUCACCGCCCGGCCGCCCCGGGUCUCCGCCGGGCCCCCGCCACCCCAGGCUCCGGGCCGCAGGCGGAGAACCACAGCCCCACCUCCCGGAGGGGCAGGCCGAGGCCGCGAGCGGCCCGCGGGGGUCUCGGCGCCCACCUGGGGCCAGGACCGGGGUCCCUCCGCGCCGCGCACCGCCGGGGCCUCCGCGAGCAGAACCCCGGCGGACCCCGAGCCCCGAGAGCCCGGCGGGGCGCGCGGAGACACGCGGCCUCCGCCCUCCGCCCCCGCUCACCUGCCAGCGCAUGGGCGCCGCGGGCCGGUCCCGAGGAGGUGCCGCAGCCGGCGUUGCCCCGCCGCCUCCGCCGCGCCCGCCCGCCUCGCUCCCUCCCGCCGGAGGACCGCCGGCCCGCGCUGGCGCCGGAGCUGCUGGCAGAGGGGCGGCCGGCGGCGGAGGCUGGAGGGGCCUGA